AAGCUCCCCCAGUCUGAAAGGAAAAUUGGUUUCGAACGGAAUCUUCGCAUCCGCGCCCUCGUCGACGACUCGUUGCAUUAUUAGUUGGUACAGUUGGUGCAAUAGAAAGAACAGAGCAAAACGCAACAACAAUCGGUCAUCCAGGCCAAACGAAUAGUUGCUUUUAAGGAUUUUCACAUCCAGUUUAUCUGGCGUUUGCGAGAACGCAGAGUGGUUUUUGUUUGCUAGCCAGCGGUCGAGAACUUUUCAGCGUCGAAAGACUUCUGCGUACACAGAGCCAGCCUGUCUGCUGCUGUACAUCCCCCCCCUCAAGUGUAGAGAAACAACCCAGUGAAUCCUUUUCGCAGGCCAUAUCCCAUCACCGUUCGAUCGAUCGAGCCGUCGUGGUGUGUGCAUUCGACGAUUUUGUGGAACAUUUUUCCUUCAGACUCAACUCACCGUCGUAUCGGAACAAUUUUUGGGAGAACGAAACGCGCGCUGUGUGCUACUGCGGGUAUCGAACAAGUGCUUGCAAUCAAUUUUUGUGAAGAAAAUUCCUGAUCAAGUACAAACAAUUUCUAUCGAUUUGCCUGAUUUUUUUUUUUGCGGUGUGCAUAAUUCAAAAAGCAAUAACGGCAAUUCGGCUUAAAAGUGCAAUAAUAAUUUAGUAAGAAAGCAUUUAUCGAAGAACAAACAAACAUUUGUUAAGGAGAAAAAAAACGUAAAAUCCGAAUCCUGCCUAGUGCGUUUUGUUGUGUUGCGUUUUACAUAAAAAAGCCAAACAAAAAAUCGAAAUUAUUUUAAUCGUACACGUGUGUGCGUGUUCGCCUUCUUCGCAAGUGUGUUGGUGCACACUUUUCGCUCCUGAAAACAACGCAACCGAGAGAGACAGUGUGUGAGAGCGAGAGAGAGAGAGAGAGAGCGAGUCGCGUGAAAACAAAAACAUCGAGAAGGAACGGAUCGCGCGAUUAUAAACAAACCAAACACAACACACAAAACAGGUCGAUUCAGUCAGUCAGCGAGCAGCAAACAAACCAAGCGCAGUAGUCAGACAAACGUGUGCAACCGUACAACGCAACACAAGCGCGCGCGCGUACUACACUGAAGGCAAGCGUGUAUACGCAUCACCGACGACCCACGACCACCACCAGCGGUACAGUCGUGCAUCGCCCAGCGUAGCUGCAACAGACGCAGCGACCCAAACGAACAACACACUCCGGAGCAGUCAGUCGCCUUUGACUCGUCGUCGUCGUCGUCCUUUGCAGAGAAGCAAACGCGUUUGUUGCAGUUGUUGCUGCUGCAAGCCUUGAGCAGGAAACAGCAAAACUCACACACACUCUCAGAAGGAUCCUGCUGCGUACGUUCGUUGCGUGCGUGCAAAUAGUGAAAGCGAGAAAGCGCUAAACUCACACCUACGCACACCAGCCAACGACCGGAAGGAAGAGAAAAAGGACAAAGUUAACGAAAAGCAAAAGAAAAACAAAAAUCCUAUCGGUUUGGUGGUGCAUUAUUUGUGUUGCGUGAAGUCCGAUCCGCAUCCUUGUGCGAGUGAAUCGUCCGCGCGCGCCAAAAGCGUUUAAAUGAGUGAUAUAAGUCAGAAAUGUUUCGGCAAAAAUGGUGGAUUUUCUAUAAGCUUUAAUCAAGACUAUACAUCGCUCUCCGUGGUAUCCAGGACGGGAUAUCGAUUGUUUUCGUUAGCAUCUGUUGAUCGUGUCGAUGAAAUCUUCUGCAGCCAUGACGAGGAUACAAAGAUUGCCGAGCGGCUGUUUAGUAGCAGCCUCGUUGCGGUGGUUACCGCAAGUGAACCGAACAAGCUUAAGGUGUGUCACUUCAAGAAGGGGGCGGAAAUCUGCAACUACGGCUACCCGUCGGAGAUCCUGUCGGUGAAACUGAACCGAUCCCGGCUAGUGGUAUGCCUCGUGGACAGUAUUUACAUUCACAACAUCCGUGAUAUGAGACUGCUACAUUCCAUCAAGAACAUGGCGCCGAACCCGGCCGGUCUGUGUACGCUCUCGCUGCUGUCGCACCUCGCCUACCCGGUGUCGACCGAGUGCGGCGAGCUGCAGAUCUUUGACGCGGCCAACCAGAUGCGCCGGCUGAAGCUGAAGGCGCACGAUUCUCCGCUGUCGGCGCUGAACUUCUCCUACAACGGUGUGCUGCUGGCGACGGCCUCCGAGAAGGGCACCGUGAUUCGGGUGUUUUGCGUGAAGAAUGGCCAGAAGGUGCACGAGUUCCGGCGGGGUGUGAAGCGUCACGUUAGCAUCGGGUCGCUGAACUUUAGCACCUGUGCGAGCUUUGUGGUGGUGAGCUCGAACACCGAAACCGUACAUAUCUUCCGGAUCGAUCCGAAAGCGAUCGAGCAGGCGGAACGGCGCCAGAGCAUUGCGGUGGAUGCGGCUGCCGCUAACAAUGCUAGCAGCUCGAGCGACGAUGACGAAUCGAACGCUGGCAGUGAUCCGGCCGCUGCUGCUGCUGGUGGUGGCUGGGGCAUGGGAUUUCUGGCGAAAGCCGUCACGAGCUACCUGCCGACGAACGUCGUGACGGAUGUGUUUACGCAGGACCGUGCGUACGCUACGAUACAGCUGGCGGAGGCUGGCCUUCGGUAUGAGUGUGUGAUGGCAAAGCUGGAGAAGGAGACGCGCUUACUGUUGGCGUGCGAGGACGGGUUCCUGUACAUUUACAGCUUCGAGGAUUCGAAGGGUGGCGAAUGUAAGCUCAUUCGUGCGCAUGAUCUCCGUACGCCACUGCACGGCAUUACCGAGGUUGACAUCGUUGGCAAUGAAAACGAUGAAAAUACAAACAGCCUGAACGUGACGAACAUGACGAAAUCGAUGCUGCCCGCACCGGGCACGUAUGCGGGCGUGCUGAAGGGACGUCCGGCCGACCGGAUGUCAGCAGACUCCGACUGGUGUCACGAUCUGCGGGAAGCGGUAGAGUACCCGGUCAAGGUGACGGUGCCGAUCUACGACGAGAUGCAGUUCCCACCGGUCACGCCGAUCACCGUCGAAUGACUGGGCGGCAGCAAGGGUAGCAAUGGUGGAGGAGGAGGAGGAGGAGUAGAGGAGCAGCAGCACCGUUCCCGUGCGGUUGAUCACCGUCAACACCACCACCAACACCACUCAACCGCCGGGAAAUCGUCCUCCUUCAAAGGGGCUGUCGGAUGCAAGGGUUAGAACGGGAACGUCACGUAAAAAACGCUGUGUUUAGCGAGAGAGAGAGAGAGAGCGAGAGAGCGAGUACCGUUGAUGUUUUUAUUUUCUUUAAUUUAUUUUUACUACAACCCAACUCUUCUUAAGCAGUGUUUUAGUAGAUGUAGUGUGUACUAAACCACGACACAGCCAGAGGUGAGCAGAGAGGGAGACAGAGAGACGGAGGAGGAGUGUCUGUGUUUGGAAGGUGGUUGCGCAUGUGUUAAACAGUCGCUUUCACUCUGUGCAACUUCAGUUCAGUUAUAGGUUUUUCGUUUAACAUCUAUUAGUAGAUAUGUGUUGCUGCUGGCAAUAGGUCCUCUUUUUAACAUCAGAAAACGUCCAAACUGUGUGUGUCCAGAUGUGAGUCAAAAUUUUACUUUUCUCUACUGCUUUCUGUCUAGAGGAGAGUGUUUUACAGCACCUUUUCCCGGGUCGAGAUAAAGCAAGUGUCCGUAUAUGUUUAAAGCAAGCCGAACAUCUAUUCGAUGCUUUAAACAUGUGGACGAGAUCUAUUCGAUCGUGUACACUAAAACGAAGGAGGGAAAAAAGUUCAAAUCAGUGCAAUGUUUAAUAAUUCGUAUGCGACAGGAAAUAUACCCCCCCCCCCCCCCCCCCCCCGAUCCACGGAGGAACUAGUUAUGUGUGUGUGAGUUGGACGUUGUCGGAUUUCCUUUUAGGUCAGUAACAAAGCAAUACAAUACAGAAGCUACAAAGCGUUCACAAUUUCACCAAGUAACUUUUAACCCAUUACACGCGGACGGGCGAGCGUUAUAUUCCCUUAAGGACUCUUUCUAUCGAUUUCGUAUCGCUCGUUCGAAACCCGGCAGAGGGAAAGAGUAGAGACAAAAGUAGCGAGCAGCAGCAGCAGCAACGGGAAGAUGUUAGAUUAAUUAAUGUGUCUAUAUAAAUAUAUAUUUAAUAAGCUCGUUGCUCCGUUACAUACGUUGAUCGUUUAUUCUUAAAGAUCGGUACAUCUUUAACCAUACACACACACAGAGAGAACCCCUUACAAAUCGAAGCGAAACGAUCCGAGACACAAAGGGAGAGCAGCGCUUCACGGAAAUUAUAUGGAGCAAAAGAGCAUACAAAAAAACGUUAAAAUGGAUCGAUAAAGAUAA